CACAAUGUUAUGUAGAUUUUGCAAUAAGAAAAUCCAAUUGUGACGUCUUCACCGUUAACAAAUCUAAUUUUCAAUUCAAGUAAUUUUACUCGUGUGAGAUAUGGACUCUGAAGAACACAAACACUGACUAGCCCUCUGGCGCUAAUGCUAGUGCUAAAUAAGGAGAAUCACAAGCCUGGUUGGCUUGCACAUGGCAGCACAAGAUGGCAGCCCCCUAAAUAGCGAGGCCUUCGCUUUAAGAAGCCUUAAGAUAAAAAGGCAGAUUCUUGGGCAAUGAAAACCAAAUAGUUUUUAUUUUACAGCAUGUGCACACUUAGACAAACAUACUUGUGGGCAGUACAUUACAUUACAUCUGCCAAAUAGUUGCUGACCUGAUGUUGUGUUGAGCUAACGCUAAUCAGUUUGUCCUUAUGUCCAACGAGGGAUGAGUGAUAUGGCUGAACUCGAUUUUCUCCUUAAAAGCAAAUUACAAAUGAGUAAAAAAAUGAUUCAAAACAAGUUUCCCAGGUGGGAUUAAAGUGCAACAAAAUGCAAACAUAUAAUAAAAUGUUUGACCCUGCCAUUUGUUAUUUUAAUGUUAAUACAGGGGACCAGGCGGACCAUCAGCAGUGAAUGUUCAUGAGAAAAAAUGGAGUUUAUAAUAUUUUUAGGCUGUUCUGCUGUAAGACAAAUAAUUAGACUUUCAAUUGUAAUCAAUUAUAUAGUUAAUGUAAUAUUUAGUGCAUUUCACUAAUUUAUUCAAUAUAAUACAAUACAAUUAUCAAUGCAACAGCCUUUAAAACAAGUAAAAGCCACCACAGAUACUACAGUACAUAAUCUCAAUAUAUUGUCAAGCUAAAUGUUUCUAUGAAAUAUGGAGAGAUUUCCUCAAGGUAUUGUUUAGAACAGACACACAGAUUAUUGUUCAUAAUCCCAUGACAUUUACAGUGAUCCCUAUAAAACUCACACAGUCAAAGACGUCAGACUUAGAUUUGUUUAACUCACGCGACUAUCAACAAGACUCAUGAACUUUUCAAACACGGGCAGAAAUGUAACGACGCUCGUCGUCCGGGACACUUUACAGACGGCCAUCAUCAAGAACGUGAUCACUGUGGUUCUCUGCAUCUCCAUCAACUACAUCAACAGCACCCUGGUGCACACGUUCACAAAACACCAGGUUUUCAACAUGAACCCUCGCUACAUCCUGUACAUCCAUCUGGUGAUCAACGACAUCAUCCUCCUGACCUUGUUCACCCUUGUUCAAGUCCUGAGUUACAUCGUGUUCACUCUCAAUGUCUCCCUCUGUAUAGUUCUGUUGCUCAUGGCUAUGUGUGCAAGCAUCAACAAUCCUCUGACACUCGCCGUCAUGGCCGUAGAGUGUUACGUAGCAAUAUGCUUCCCGCUCCGACACUCUAGGAUCUGUACAGUCAAGAAAACGUACGCUGUGAUCGGAGUGAUAUGGAUGCUGAGUUCACUCUCCGUCUUCCCAGAUUUAUUUGUCUCCUUGGCCACAGAAUCUAUGGAAUUCUUUCAUUCCAGAGUUUUUUGCCUCCCAACAAACAUUUUCAGACAUCCUUAUCUCAAAGAGAAGAGAGACAUAGUCAACCAAGUAUUUCUGGUCAGUGUUUGGAUCAUUCUAUUCUACACAUACUUCAGGAUCCUCGCCACUGCAAAAGCAGCCGCUACAUCCGCCAAGAAGGCGAGGAACACUGUCCUCCUCCAUGGCUUCCAGCUGCUGCUGUGUAUGCUCACCUAUGUUUAUAAUUUAACCUUGGAUGGCCUGAUAUUGUUGUUCCCAAAAGGAGUUCUGGCCAUUCGCUUUGCCGUCUCAAUAUUUAUUCAUGUUCUUCCGCGACUCAUCAGUCCGGUGGUUUACGGGCUGCGAGACAAGACUUUCAGAAAGUACCUGAAAAAUGAUCUGUUCUGUUCAACAUGUGCUGACACUAAACAACACAAAAGACAGAAAACAAAUCCUUUGUGAAGUCAUGUUUUAGUUUGUCCUGCUAUACUAGCACAUCUGUAUUUUGAAAAUGGAACAUUGUGACAGUAGUUGUAGUGCUUUUGUGUGUUUAGUUUAGUGCUUUUUUGUCUUUGAACAAAUUAAAGGAAGGAAUCAAUUUUA